AUGACCAGGGAAGAGCUGGUGGGUAAGAUGAUAGCAAGUCGGGACGAAGACAAAUUGAGUGAUUGUGAGAGAGAAGAACGUGUGCUUUACACUGCAUGGGAGAGUGCCAAAGAGAUUGCUGCCUUACCUCUUCACAUGGCGCGAUCUGCGCCUUGGGAUUAUCUUCGGCCAAAUGUCGGCCACAAAGACUUCUUAGAAAACCUUCUCAGUUCAAAGUGCUGUGACGAUAGUGUGGUAGACAGCACCUUCCUUUCAGGGGCAGCUGAAAAUGCCCAGUUCAUUCAACGAUAUUUGCCAGGAGUCGUCAAUGGCCAUCCAUGGGAUGGACAUCCAACCAAUGCCAUCUCUUGGGAUCUUUGCUGGCCAGAAUUUGCGGAUGAACCCGUCCCAUUUCUGGAGCUUGCCAGGGCUCAGAUUGGUGAUGACCCACAACAGAAUGCAAAAGUGGAGAGAAAAAUUGAGGACGAUGAGGAUGAAGACUUUGAAGGUUUUCAGUUCUCUGGGCGAGAGCUGCAACCAGUGACUACCAAAGCAGGAGGUCGUCUCUGGAGUAUCACUUUUGCUGCUCCUGGGGGAUCAGUGAAAGGACUGAGAGCUGCUUACCCAUACCAGCUGUUGGUGCGCUUUGAUGCAGGUCGGCAAGUCUUGAUCUACGAGGCCUUCGAUUACCUUCCAUGUACACCAACAGUCUUCGAGAUGGAUGCCAAAGACAAAGAUCCAGUCACUCCCGCUGAGCUUCGAAAGAUUGAGGAGAUCAUCAAAAGAAAUCAGAGGUCGAUUUCGACUAUUCUAGGAUCCGUUCCAGAGGAGGCUCCCUCAGCAACAGCUCACUCUGAGCGAUGUCAAGAGCACGGAAUCAAGAAGUUGUAUCCUCUUGCCGAAUGGAUUAGGUUCAAAAAGUCCAAGGUCCGCAGGAUUCGAUUUCCUCUUUCAGCCAUUUGUGGUGCUCGACUGGUGGUGUUGGAGGCAAACCGACCGAAUGGCAACCUGCCACCAGCCAGAGGCAGCUUCCCAAGCAAUAGCCUGGGGCGGAAAGGCGCUGAUUCCUACAAAAACUGGAGAGCUUUACCUGGGACUUCUGCAGCAUGUGGCUCUGAGCUUGAACCAUUGGGCCUUUUGGUGCUGGAGCUUACACAGCUUGGCACGCAUUCUGGCGCAGAUUUUGCAGAGAUGUUUGGGCAACACACAAAGACCGGCGUUUGCGAAAAGCUUGCCCUGAUUGGACGCCAGAGGCCAGUUUUUCUCAAGGGAAGCGCCAUUACAUCCUCGGAGAUGCUUCUGAGAUCAUCGAGCUUGGUAAGGUUGCUGCGAAUGUCACCGGACGAAGAGAUCCUGGAGACCACUUCCAGCCUGUCUUUGGGUAGCCUUGCAGCCAGAAAAUUGGCAUCUGAAGUGAAGGUCAUGAAGGCAGGGGUGCCGGCAAAGCGGGCUCCGUUGUCUUCCACAGAUGAGGUGGACGGUUUUUUGCGACGGGCAGGCGUGAAAGAACCUGAAGAGGUGAACCUUUGCUUAAAGGCAGGAAUGCUCAACGGUCACAUCCCCAUCCCCCCAGAGCUUUUGGAAGCUAAAAGCACGCGUCCAUUUCUGAAGCAAGUUCUUUAUAGAGGUAAGUGCCAUGGAUGCAACAAGACAUUGGCAUGCACAGUACGCCAAGCACUGUCUCAGCCAAGUGUUGGCUGCGACUACGGCGACGGAGGUGAAGGAGGUGCUGUGAUGUGCAAAGGCCGUGGUGGCUGUGGAGAAGGGAAUUACAUCUCUCAACUUUGUCAUGGCCAUCCAAGUUUUCACUGUGGGAAGUUCCACAACCACUGUGAAGAGUGCCCCGACUUUGGCACAUGCAUUGGUGAUUACAGGGAAGAUCAUUGCCAUCGUUGCGGGGAGCAUUUCUUUGCUGGCCACUCUGGCCUGCCGUGCCCAUGUCGGGGCAAAGACAUUGACGACUUCGGCUAUGGUGGCUAUGACUCUUCUGGUUCGCGUGACAGCGAUGACAGCAGUUGUGCCAGUUGGGUUCCAUCUGACACCGAGACAAGCCCUUCAAUACCCCCUGCAGGGUGUUGGGAUGGACAUUUGCGUGGAGUAACUGUAGCCAGCGAACAACAGGAACUAAUAAAGGAAGCAUUGGAACGGAAACCUGAGCUUGUGCAGGGGGCUGGAGCUGAUGGAAUGUCCUUGUCAAAAUUGUCAUCUCUGCUAGACGAACUGCGACCAUCUCUGCCGGCUCCGCCACUUGACGCUGGCGAAGAGGACGAAGAGGAGGAGAUUUUCGAGGAAGAUCCAACGCUUCGGUAA